AGGGGAAAAGUUGCCGNCACGACAGAUGAACCAGGGCAUUACUAUGGUUACAACCAUAAGACAACCACAACAGAUGAGCCAGGGCAUUACUAUGGUUACCACCACGAGACAACCACGACAGAUAAACCAGGACAUUACUAUGGUUAUUAUCAUUCAACUACCGAUGAACCAGAUCACCCAGAAUACAAGUACAGUGGUUACCAGGACGUGUUUGACCCGAAAUCUACAACAGAAUACCCCAGAUAUUACUAUGGUCACCACCAUAGGACGACAACAACUGAGAGACCAGGCCAUUACUAUGGUUACGAACAUGAAACGACAACAGAUGAACCAGAGCAUUACUAUGGACAUGAAACAACGACAACGUAUGAACCAGAGCAUUACUAUGGACAUGAAACAACGACAACGGAUGAACCAGAGCAUUACUAUGGACAUGAAACAACGACAGAGGAACCAGAACAUUACUAUGGACAUGAAACAACGACAACAGAUGAACCAGAGCAUUACUAUGGACAUGAAACCACGACAACGGAUGAACCAGAACAUUACUAUGGACAUGAAACAACGACAGAGGAACCAGAACAUUACUAUGGACAUGAAACAACGACAACGUAUGAACCAGAGCAUUACUAUGGACAUGAAACAACGACAACGUAUGAACCAGAGCAUUACUAUGGACAUGAAACAACGACAACGUAUGAACCAGAGCAUUACUAUGGACAUGAAACAACGACAACGGAUGAACCAGAACAUUACUAUGGACAUGAAACCACGACAACGGAUGAACCAGAGCAUUACUAUGGAUAUAAAACCACGACAACGGAUGAACCAGAGCAUUACUAUGGACAUGAAACAACGACGGAUGAACCAGAGCAUUACUAUGGAUAUGAAACGACAACAGAGGAACCAGAACAUUACUAUGGACACGAAACGACAACAGAUGAACCAGAACAUUACUAUGGAUAUGAAACGACAACAGAUGAACCAGAACAUUACUAUGGAUAUGAAACAACAACAGAUGAACCAGAACAUUACUAUGGAUAUGAAACAACGACAACGGAUGAACCAGGCUAUUACUAUGGUUACCAUCAUAGUACGACAACAACUGAGAGACCAGGCUAUUACUAUGGUUACCAUCAUGAGACGACAACGACGGAUAGGCCAAGGUAUUACUAUGGUUCCCACCACAGUACCACAACUCGGAGACCAGGAUAUUACUAUCGGUACUCACACGGAAGCUCCUCAUAUAGAAAUCGAUAUGGUCUCGGUGUGCGGAGUCAUUCUCGUUACUAGGAGCAAACCAUUCCUUAACUAAAAUUUUAAAAACCUACCUUUGAAUUGAAGCAUAUGAGUUAUAUUUAUGUUAGUUUUACGUUGGUGUUAUUGUAAUCAUUUGUGACAUACAGCGGGGAAUAUACAAAUGUGCAAAUGUUUAUGUGCAUACAUGUUUAUUGGUCAGUGUUGUUCACCGUCCAAUAUUUCGAUCACAAUAGCA